CACGACGUUUAUCAAUCGGACCACUAUGAAUCACACGAGCAGUCUUGUAGGAAAGGCGUGCAAAUGCAGUCAGAGAUACUGUAAAUGCUGGCCGUUUUGCUCUAUUUCGUGUCGGAUCAUAGCUGUCCUCCUCUAGCUCAAAAUGGGUUAGAAGGAGGAUGCCUGCCUGGAUUAUCUGCUUUCAACACUUUGCGAGGAUGUGGAAUCGGAAUUUCUGUGUUUGCAGAGGCAUCUUGACAAAGACGGAGAGUGAUAAUAGAGAUAGUAUUUGAAGUCUAUUUCCACUGUUCUUCGUUUUCUUUCCUUGUUUAUUUUUUUGAGAAAUGAUUGCAGAAUUCGUGUGCAGCGCCGUGGCUUUGGUCCUCUAUGUCAACACUCUGGGCGCCGAUUUCUGCUACGAUGACAGCCGUGCAAUCAAAACCAACCAGGACUUGCUACCAGAGACCCCGUGGAUCAACAUCUUCUACGAUGACUUCUGGGGCACCCUGCUCACCCACAGCGGCAGCCACAAGUCCUACCGGCCCCUGUGUACCCUCUCCUUCCGCCUCAACCAUGCCCUGGGUGGCCUGGAGCCCUGGGGCUACCACCUGGUCAACGUGGGCCUCCAUGGGGUCGUCACGGCCCUCUUCACCUGGCUGGCCCGCCUGCUGCUAGGAAGGGGCCUCUGGAGCCUCCUGGCUGGGUUAUUGUUCGCCUCGCAUCCCAUCCACACGGAGGCGGUGGCGGGCGUGGUAGGCCGUGCCGACGUGGGCGCCGCCCUCUUCUUCCUGCUGUCUCUGCUGUGCUACAUGCGUCACUGCGCCCUGCGAGGGGGCCCUGCGGGGCCCUGCAGGCUGGGGGCCUGGCUCCUGGGCAGCCUGGGUUGUGCUGCCUGCAGCAUGCUGUGGAAAGAGCAGGGGGUGACUGUGUUGGCCGUGUCGGCGCUCUACGACGUCUGCGUGUUCCACCGGCUCAAGUUGCGUCAGGUCAUCAUGCUCUUCUACAAGAGGAGGAACGUCCACCUGCUGUUGAGUGUGUUGGUGUUGGCUGCCUGGGGGGCUGUUCUGCUGGCCUGCCGCCUUUACUGGAUGGGUAACAAACCACCCAACUUCUCCAACUCAGACAACCCAGCUGGGGACUCCCCGUCCCUUCUCACCCGAGUGCUCACCUUCCUCUACCUGCCUGCCGUCAACAUGUGGCUCCUCCUCUGCCCGGACACGCUGAGCUUCGAUUGGUCCAUGGACGCCCUGCCUCUGAUCAGAGGCAUUGUCGAUUGGAGGAACCUUCAUACCGUGGCCUUCUAUGUGGGACUGCUCCUCCUGGCUUGGUUUGGGCUUUGCACCCGCCAGGUCAAGGGCAAGGAGACCAAUGGAAAAGCCCAUCAUGUAACAAACGGGAACGGGAGGUCCAACACCAAUGGACACAGCUAUCACCACCCUGAAGUCCCCGACCAAACAAACUCUGAAACAGAGCCUCACCCUGCUGGUGCACAAAACGGUACCAAAAAGCAUUACGUCACGAGGACUCGACUGCCCACCACUGAGAAUGUAGUGGUGUUCUCCUUGGGCCUACUGGCCAUCCCUUUCCUCCCUGCCACCAACCUGUUCUUCUACGUGGGCUUUGUGAUAGCAGAGAGGGUACUGUACAUCCCCAGUAUGGGCUUCUGUCUGCUGCUGGCAGUGGGGCUGAGGUCCCUGUACGUGCGGCUGAGGCGGAGGUCCUCCAGGACUGUGUUGGUGUACUGUAGCGCCGCCAUGGUCCUUCUGUUUGGGGUCAAAACGGUGCUGAGGAACCAGGACUGGCAGAACGAGGAGAUGCUCUACAAGUCAGGAAUAUACGUGAAUCCUGCUAAAGCAUGGGGCAAUCUUGGGAACGUCCUAAAGAACCAGGGCAAGAUGGUGGAGGCGGAGCAGGCAUACAGGAACGCCCUCUACUACCGCAGGAACAUGGCAGACAUGCUGUAUAACCUCGGUUUGCUGCUACAAGAAAACAACAAGUUCUCUGAGUCGCUCCACUACUAUAAGCUGGCCAUUGGGAGCAGGCCAACUCUGGCUUCUGCCUACUUGAACACAGGGAUCGUCCUGAUGAACCAGGGGAGACUGGAUGAAGCCAAGAGGACCUUCCUGACCUGCGCCGAUAUUCCCGAUGAGAACCUGAAAGACCCUCACGCCCACAAGAGCUCCGUUACCAGCUGCCUAUACAAUCUGGGCAAGCUGCUCCAUGAGCAGGGGCAUCAGGAGGAGGCCCUCUCGGUGUAUAAAGAAGCAGUACAGAAAAUGCCAAGACAAUUUGCACCUCAGAGCCUCUAUAACAUGAUGGGAGAGGCCUACAUGAGACUGAACAAGCUGACCGAUGCCGAGCACUGGUACAGAGAGUCCCUGAGAGCCAAGCCAGACCACAUCCCAGCACACCUGACCUACGGCAAACUCCUCGCCCUCACGGGUCAGAAGACUGAAGCAGAGAGGUACUUUCUGAAGGCCAUCCAACUAGACCCCACUAAAGGAAAUUGCUAUAUGCACUACGGUCAGUUUUUGUUGGAGGAGUCUCGUCUGCUGGAAGCGGCUGAGAUGGCGGAGAAGGCGGCGCGUCUGGACAGCCGGGAGUUUGAUGUGGUCUUCAGCGCAGCCCACAUGCUCAGACAAGCCAGUCUCAACGACGCAGCCGAGAAGUAUUACGGACAGGCAGCCAGCAUAAGACCCAACUAUCCAGCAGCCCUGAUGAACCUAGGGGCCAUUCUCCAUCUCAACGGGAAGCUGCAGGAGGCGGAGGCCAACUACCUGCGAGCGCUGCAGCUGAAGCCAGACGACACCAUCACCCAGUCUAACCUGCGUAAGCUGUGGAACAUCAUGGAGAAACAGGGCCUGAGGACCAUGGGGCUGUGAGUUAUCUCACCAGCCAAUCAGCCAUCUGUGCAGCAGGCCUGGGGAAGAAGUGGCCAGCUCCCUUGGAGGAGAAACUGGUGAAGUGAGGAUGGAGGAGGACAGCAGAAAAAGGCACAGGACUGCAGAACGCUCCUUGUGACUCCUCACGCCUCCUCAGGCCAGGAGUAACUUCCCUGGGAGGCUGUCCAUUGUGAGGAGCACUACCUUUGAAUGAUGACUUUCUGGAACUUUGUCCAAAAUGUGUUCUCUCCCAGGAUCUGUGAUUUUCAACCAGAGCACUUAACUUGAAGUGGGCCAUAGGUUCAUACUGGAAGUCUUGUGGUUAAUUAGGAAUUGAAUUAGUUAUAGAUGCUUAUAAGGUCAACAUUUGUCCUGGGCCAGAGUCCCAAGGCGCUGCCCUCUGAAGCAGGAACAGUGCAGUAGAAGUGAGGGUUUUUUCUCACCGUCGAAUGAAGUUUCCGGUCUAAUGAAGUUGUGUUCAUUGGCUUCUGUGCACAUCAGUGAAACUCAUGGCAGGGUAUUGGAGGUAACAGCUUUAUCAGUUAAUUCUGAAAUUGAACACAACUAGAUUAAGAUGAAUAUAUGUCUCUGGUGUAGGCUACUCAUGUCUCCUUGGAUAAUUUACUUAGAGGAAGGUAGCUAAUGGCAAAUGACCUUCCUAGGGUACUAACAUUAGCCCCCAUCAGCUGGCAUGCUAGUUGGAGGUUUGGACAGCAGCAGGGCUUCCCCUCCCUUCGCAAUACAUACUGAUGUGUGCCGAGGACUGGUCUUUAGACAUGAUAAGAGGACAAUCGGAAGCCAUUGUUGAUGUCUGAAAUCUCCUAACCAAAUAGCCGUCAAACCGAUGCACUCCAUUACAUAACAAUGCACAACCAUAGUUUGUCUGAGGGAGUCUUUAUAUGUAAUAUUGCUUUGUUUGAAAAUGUUCAUUUUCUUUUAUUUGUAUGUAUAUAUGAAUGUUAAUAUAUACAGUAAAACCUACAUACAGUAUAAUAUACAAUAUAGUCUGACUUGCAAGGGAAGGUCAGUGUCCACCCAGCAAGUUCAGUAUCUGUAAGAAAUGAAAAGAAAAUCCUAGCGUCAAAACAUCAUGUUCUCUCACUCUUCUCAGUCUUAAAUGUCCAUUUUGUAUAUAUUCUGUGUAAUUAACAUCUACUUGGUUGAUGUCAUAAAAAAUUAUUUACCACCGUUUGUUAACUGUAUCUCCAAUUUGGAAGAAACUUUAUUUUGGAGAAACAGAUAAUCCCGCUUUGACAUUAUGUUUAUUGUAAAGAAGCCAACAGCCACCGGGCGGUUUAAUGUUUGUAAGUUAUUUCUUUGUGUUAUCUUGGCAUAUAAACCAGCUGGCACUGUGUUACAUUUUCAAGUGUAUGUUGAAGAUAGUUCAUAAGAUAAGUAUUGAUCCAUUUCACUUUAAGAAAUGUGAUAUACCUGUACACGUUUGUCUUGAAGACUUUGCCUUGCGAUUCUGACAGAAAAUAUACAACUAUUUGAUUCCAAUUUUCUAGCAGAUGUAUCUUAAUUUCGCUAAAAUAUUGCAUUCGAUACAAAGAAAACACAUUUCAUAAUAAUUGAAAUGACUAGAAAAAAGCCAAAAGUAUUAAAACAUUGCAUUUUCUUGUGCUGUCCACUUCCCUACACAGUGACACCAUCCUCAUAGGUCAUAUCCAGUGCUGUAUGGAGUUAGUAGUAUGAUAGUUGCCUUGUUCUUUCUUGAACAUUAAACAUGUAUGAGCCCUGUUCCACUCACUAUGUGAUCUCUGUUCUCAUGGCUGUCUGUCAGUCUUUUGAAAGCACAGCACGGCAGUGUGUCUGUCUGGCUGGAGCUUGAUAGCUCUACUGGUUGUUACUGUCGUAAUGGUUGUGUUGGUCUUGACUGCGUCAACACUGUGGUGUAUUUAGCUAUGAUCACCAUGUCUAUCUGUCUGAUAUAAUGAGCUAGGUUAUCACAAUGAAGUAUUCUACCCUCACAUCUUCUCCCCAUCACCACCAUCCCCCAUCACAAGUUGUGCUAAUUUGUCUUGUGUAUAAAGUGUUUAUGAACAAACGAGAGUGUGUCUGAAGAUGGAAAUAAGUGUUUCAUUCUGUGUCUCUGCUCAGGGAUUUCAAGCGGUGGGUUGUAUUGCAGACUCGUGCUCACAGAGCACUCAGAGAGUUUCUAAAGUUAUAUUUUUUGAAAGUUGUAUUUGUAUAAAUUAUCAAGAUUUGUAGCUUUUGCUUUUUUGUAAUAUAAAAAAAAAACGAUGUGCCAGAAUAGACUUUCCCAAUGUUGCUUCUUUUCCACAAUAAAAUAAUGGUG